GUCAAGUCAUGAAUUUUUUUAUAUUUCAAUUAUCUAUACUUUUGUUAAUUUUCGGUCAAUUUUUAGCACAAAAUGACAAAGAAGAAGAAACCGAAACUUCUUUUAAUAAUACAUCAAAUAAUUCAUUUUCAGAUUCUUCUUCUACAGUCAGUCAACAGACUUCACCAUCAACUGCUGGAAUCGCUUCGAUUACUAUCACUAAAGAUUCUCAAACGACUACCACUAGACCAACCACUAGACCAACCACUAGACCAACUACUAUCACAAUUCCAACGGUCACUACUGAAUCAACGAUAAUCACUGAAUUUUCGACAACUACUGAAUCUUCGACCACUACUGAAACUUCGACCACUACUAAACCUAAUGCCACUACUAAAUCAACGACAACUACUAAACCAACGACAACUACUAAAACAACGACCACUACUAAACCAUUAGUCACUACUGGAUCAACACUCACUACCGAAUCGACCGUCAGUGAGACCACAUCUAGUACUUCAAUAAAACCAACGGAUAGUCCGCCACAACAGCCGCCAAAAAUUGGUGAUAAUUUCAAUCCUCCGAACUAUAAAUAUAAAGUACGAAAGUUAUCGUCCGGUGAUUAUAUGACGCCUUCAUUCUUCCUAUUGAUUGGUUUGUUGUUAAUCAUUAUAACUGUUGUAUUACACUAUUAUUUGGACACAUCUGGCACUCAAUAUAUCAAUACUAGAUAUAAGGCAACAAAACGAAAGUCAGAUUUAACUCAGACUGAUAUCAAAGCAAAGAGUCCGACUAAUAAAUACCGGCCUUUAAUCAGUUUGUCUACUAAAACAUAA